UUUACGAACCACAGUAAAACAUAACUCAUAUUUAAGUAAACAUCGUAUACAUUUUCACAAUCAUAUAUAACUUCUUUUAAUUUAUUUAAUUGAAGUCCGUGCCGAACUGGUGAUGUCUAUGAUACCUUUCUUUCCAUCACUGCGACCACAAAUCGCCAAUCGCAUAUGGUUCGAAAUAAAUACUCCACCUAGCGAAGAUGAUGUCUUGCGUUAUGAGCGAGAUCAUGAUAAUUGGAAGGAAUCUAUUAAAAAUGCGGCAAGCGAUAUCCCGCCGCUAGGUAAAGUGUUAACUAGACCUGGGCCAGAAACUGAUGAUGAGGAUGCUAACGAUGACAGCGAUGACUCGGAUACCCAUGAUGAUGAUGAUGAUACAAAUGAUAGAGCUAUCCCCGGUCAGCCAGAGCAUUCUGCACUUUAUUCACCCGGUGAUGAUGUAAAUCCAAUUAAUGAAGAUGUUGUGCCAACAACAGCCGACACUUUGUGAACCGGUUUUCCUAUUUUUGUAACUGUUUAAGUUUGUUAUGAAUAAUAAUAAUUACAUAAAUGUACAAUUAACUAACGAAAA